CAAGGGGAGCUGGAGGAAAUGUCAUCAUUGGUGAAGGAGGACUUGGAGAAGAAACUGUUUAAGCCACUCUCACAGAAUCUAUAUGAGUUUAUUGAAAUUGAGUUCUCGGUGCAGGACAGGUACUACCUCUGUGUGUCAGUGACCAAAAAUGAAGAAGUGAAAAUAAUCAUGGUGAAACACUACAGAAUAGGUUUAGAUGAAAAAUAUGAAGUAACAAAAAAGUGGUCUUUGAAUGAUCUGCAGAUGAUUGAUGGAAAAGAAGCAGACACUGACAAUCCAUUUUUUGAUCUGCACUUCAAGAAAGUGUACAGUUUGGAAGCAUAUAGUUGUGCUUCUAAAUAUUCCUUUGCUAGAACUGUAAAUAAGCUGAAUCAUGCAUACCUCAAGAAGGACUUGCAGAUUGUGAACUUUGAUUCUACUUACAUUAAUGAUGAUUCCAUUUGGUCCUCCAACAACAAGGAUUGCUUGGUUCUCAUGAGAAUAUGCUUUUAUGCUUUUAAUUUGGUGUGCUUAUCUCUGUGCCCCCUGCCACUUUGAAGAUGUAUUCCAUAUUCCUUCAUCAGUG